ACUGACAAACGCUUUUGAUUGUGACAUCACUCAUUAACGUUGCCAUGGUGCAUUUUAUGACGCUCGCCCAAUCAAAAGCAAACUCUGACGGCAACCGGCUGGAGUGACGUCGACACGAUCCAGUAGCCGUGGAGAGACUGGAAUAGCGUCCCGCCUCAUGUCAGGCAGCCAAUCGGCGCUUGCAAUCCUUGGCACCGUUCCAGAGACGGGCCACUACCCCCUUGCCAUUGGCUGCAAUGGUUUCGAGCAGCGGGGAGAGCAGCCAAUGGGAGGUGGGGUGGUUGGAUGCGCGCCCAGUGAGGGAGCGAGGAGGGCUGGUGGAGGCGGCCUUCCAGUGGCUGAAGGAAAGUUAGAGCGAGUGUGAACUGCAGUGUCAGGCAGAGGGGAACGGCGAGGGGAAGCGGGGUCUCGUCUGUGGAGCUGGUGGCUGCCGCCAUUUAUUGUUCUUUAAAUCCCCUUCCCGAGCCCGGUCGAUCGGCGAUGUCAUCGCAGGUGGCGCAGCGAGUGCGGCCCAGCGGCUCCCCGACCUCCAGCCGCCCCCAGCCGCUCCGAGCCACCGUCCCCUUCCAGCUGCGAGCGGCCGCCGGCAACAAUCCUCCGAGCGGCGUCGCCGGCUCCAGGCUGGCCGCUGGCUCCUCGGGCUCGCCUCCGGCUCCGGCCACCUCCGUGUCUGCGUCUCCGCCGGCGAGCCGCAGCGCGUUUCACACCGUCGCCACUUCCACCGGCACUGCCCCCGGGCCGGGCGAGCAAGAGACGGCCUGGAGAGCGGUGCCGUCCGUCGAGAGGAAAGCCAGUCACUCUGCCUCCUGCUGCACCUCGCCCGUCAGUAAAGCCAUUGAGAAACCCAAGCCUCCUAAGACACGAUCUUGUAUACGUCGCACCUCCUCUCUUGAUACCAUAAUUGGACCUUACCUGAUAGGACAGUGGCCUCGUGAUACUGAUAUGCACUCUAUAUCGUGGGAGAACGAGAAAGCUACACAGACUCCCAGUACUUGGCAUGAGAUAGGACUGAAAAGGAAGAACUCUCACAAACGUUCUGCAUCAUGGGGUAGUGCAGAUCAGCUAAAAGAGAUUGCAAAGCUCAGACAGCAACUCCAACGCACCAAACUCAGCAAGCGGCAUAGUAAGGACAAAGAACGUCAAUCACCACUGCAUGGAGAUCAUACUGCCAUGGGUUUGGUACAGCAAGGAACUUCCAAGUUUGUACCAAUUUUGCCAGCAAACCUCGCUAUCACAAAGUUAAUUCCACGACUUAGGAACAGCUUGGAAGCAAUAAAUCAAGAAAUUGAAGGGAUGUUUAUAAAAGAACCUGGAGAUAAAGAAUUACUGAGGAUUAUGGAUGCACCAGAUGGGCACAGGGCACCCUUCCCUUCCCAGCGAUAUAGCAGCAUUUCUCAGAGUGACCUAUCUCCUGUACCUCUUGAACAGACCAGUGGUUAUAGCAGUCCUUCUCCAUAUCCAUCCCCAUCCCCAUCUCCUUCGUAUCCAAAUGGAAUCCAGGAAGAGGGGCCUUGUAUCAUUGAAGACAUAUCAUUUUUUGUUCGGGAUAAAGAUAGUGGCACAAGCUCUCCUCUCCUGAAAUAUGCUUCCUCUCCCAAACCAAACCACAGCUAUGUGUUCAAACGGGAGCCUCCAGAAGGUUGUGAGCGGGUGACUGCAUUUGAAGAAACACCGGCUGUUUCCUUUGAACAGGCUUUGCUGUCCUCAUGUCCAGAUAAAAACAAGGUUAAUUUCAAUCCUACUGGCUCUGCCUUCUGCCCAGUCCAUAUUCUUAAGCCUCUCUUACCAACUGUUGACUUGAUAUUGAGGCACUUACCAGCAUCUGUUUCAUCGACCUCUCCAAGCACAGGGGUAUCUUCGAGCACUUUGACUUCUUGCCAGUCUACAACUCAGGUCUCAUUCCAGCAACCAUUGGAGGAUUCAGGGACCACAGACUUUGAGCUUUCUAAGGAACAACCUCUACAGUUUGAUCCUUGGAAACUUGCUCAGACAGAAGAAGGUGCCUUUUUUCAGAGCUCAUUAAUAAUUUGAACUGGUAAACCUGCGAAAGGUAAAUAGCUGACUGGAACUUUACACCAACAAGUUUGUGAUAAGUACUACCGAUUGUGGCUGUCUUAGCUGUUGAUGCAUUGUUAUCUGACUGCAGGUUUGUUUGGUAUGUUAACAGGCCAAUCGUGGAAAAUUUGGCAAAGUAUUAUUGGGACUUGUCUGUAAAUAUUUAUGCUGAAAGUAGUUAAUUCAUUGAGCACCAAACAUCUGCUUUUUGCAUCUAUACACAUUGGAGUUCAUGGUAACAAAUUUGGAGAUGCCUACUAGUCUUUUCUGCACCAUUUUAAUUACAAUAGUACAUUUUCUUCCUUGGCUUGAGUUGAAAUGUUGCAAGUAUAGUCACAGUAAGCACAAGCUUAAGUUGAAGAAAAAUGUAAAGACGUAGGACUAUUCAAUCCUGCCACUAUCUAGUAACUGCUGGAGUACUUUUUCAGUCAGCUUUUAACCUUGUAUAGUACCUUGUGUGCAAGACUGCUACAGUAUUUAGAAAAUAAAAUUGUUUAUAUAUUGAAAGAUGCACAUUGGAACUUUUUUUUCUUGGAUACUUUUCUUGCUCUUUACUUUAUGAAAAGCAUUAGGUUUUGCAUUUUAAGUGGUGUAGAGCACUGAAAGGUGACUUGUAACUGCUUUUGAUUUAAAGACUGUUGAAUAGUCUGAGUAGAAUUGAUUCACGGAUUGAACAAUUGAGCAGAGUGAAAUACUGGAAUAGUGAGUAUACUCUAGCAGCAAGUACACAUUUCCUGUCAAUCACACACUGAUCUGCUUCAAAGCCUUAUUUCUGUAGGUAAGAGUAUAAUGACAUGGCUUAAGCCCAUUAAUGGGGAUGCCACAAGGGAAAUGAAAUUCCUGUUUAUCUGAUAUUGAACAAAAUUACUAUUUCAUAUUACUUUUAAUUGAGACUGGGUGAAAAUGAAUUGCCACAAAAUUAUCUUGCUGCAAAAGAGUAGGAGAGUAUUUUAAAAUCAACUUGAGUCAAUCAGGGUAACAAUUCAAAUAGGGAGUUGAUGAAUUGGGAUCAAAAAUGUGGAAAGUGACUAGACUAAUUAAAAGUUAAUACCCAAUUUCCGUAUGUAAAAUUGGGAUUGAGGUUAUACUGAUAUAAACUGUGUGCAAUGAGCUAGCAUAAAAUUAAGUCUCGACACAGUGUACAAGUAUUUUGGCAUGUAUUGAACUUUGCUGUAGUUUUACACAACAGAUUAUAUUUACUGUCCACUUUUUCUUUUUGUACCCCUUUUUUCUAGUUUGCUCCAAGCAAUUUAACACCAUAAUCUGGAGUUUGCCUACACCUUGGGUAUGAUUUUUUUUUUCCUAUGGUUAGCAAUUCUAAAUGCAACCACUGAGAAGUUAAGUUACUUCUCUAAAUAUUCUGCACUCAAUUCCUAUUCAUUUUUGAAUAAUUUGAAAUUUCUGUACUAGUGUUUAAAUAUUGGAAGUAAAUACUUUUGAGAUGAAUGCAAAGAAAAAAGUUCCAUGCCACUCUUUAGAACCAGAGGUUAAAAAGUAUUGGCAUAAUUCAACAAUUUGGUUGCACCAUAAUAAAGUUUUGGUUCUUAAGGGGUGGGAGAGACAAAGGGGGAACAAGCAAUGAGCACAAGGUCUAUUUGCACCAGUUAUGUCUAACAGCAAUUUGUAUUUAACUUUUUACUUUCUCAUUGUCACUGUUUCAAAUGCUUUUUAUACUGAAUUGUAUUUUUAAUUUCUAAUAUAAAUCUGGGCUUAAAUAUACAGAAAUGUAGUUUUUUGGUAUUUAUUUAAACAAUGUACCCAUUUAAAGGGCUAGCUUCAUAAGUUCCAACUUGGGUAUUAAAAAAAUAAUUAUUUGAAACCUCUAGCUUAAAAGCAAAGUGUACAGAUUUAAAAAAAACUGCUCAAUUCCUCUGCAUUCCAGUUUAAUUCACAGGUAUAUUCUGAUACAGAGCCUGUGAAAGUAAUAGCACCAGCAUUUCAACUCUUAUCUUGAUGUCUCCAGUUGAAGGUUGUGUGGCUAAUGGUUUCUGGAACAAACUUAUGAUCAAUGCUCAAAAGAAUUAUUAUGGGCAUGUACAAUGUGCCUGCAUUUUGGGUUUUGAUGCAAUCUUUUGCUAUCUAGUUUUUUUUCUAUCUCCACAAUUUAAACUGUAGGCUGCAGCGUAUUGGUCUACAAUUAAAAUCUUCAACACUGCUUUGAAAGAGGCAUGAUAUCCUGGAUAAUGCAGUGCAAUUACUAAAUUUGUACUUGGAGCUCUGGUGAAGCUUGGUUAACUAUAUUGCUCACCAUGUCUUUCUACCACCACAAUCCUAACUUUCCUGGUCCAGAUUUUGAUUCUAGAAUGCCAUUUUUAAGGUGCUUGCCAGUUUUUUUAAAAUGUCCUGCAUUAAUGUUAAGGGUGUGAAAUGUAAUUGUUAAUUAUAAUUGAUCCUUGCAGUAAACCACAUGUCUGGAUUGCUAUUUUAGUUCUGGUUUCAUUUGAAAUUUGGCUUUGUAUAUGCUUGUCUCUGAAGUCUGUACAGGCCAAAGUUAAAUAUUGUGCAACUCUUAAAUAUGGUUCUGUCUACACAUGUCAUGUCCCAUUUAAUUCUAUUGUGUAGUCUUGUGUGCUCUGAUGCUGUAUUGUACGAUAAGUAAAUCUGCAAAAGAAACUGGUUUGAACAGAUUUCAAACUUUAUUCUUGGGAAUAAUUGGGAGGUAGAAUUUGCAUGCCUUCUGAAGUGGUGAGAAAAUAACCUGGUGUUUGUUUUGCCACAGGAGGAGCUUGAUUCAGCUUGGCAAAAACCAUCUCUAAACAUUUUUGUGUGGAGCCUACUGUAUUUUUAAAAUUCAUUUAAUGAGAUGAGUGCUGUAGAAGAGUUAGUGUUUGGUACCCAUCUCAUUGCUGUUGGUAGUGAGCUGCAGCCUUGCAUUGCAAUCUUUGCAAUGAAAUUUGGCUUUGUAGUGCUGCUGUCUAGGGAGCUCUAGGAUGAUCAAGGAAUAGGAUUUAUUUCCAGAGCUCCCUACUUUUAAGAACAUAUUUAUCCAGAAACAUUUUGCUUUAUUUUUCCACCAGUUGUACUGUGGUCAGUGAUGUAAUAGUAUCUCCAUAAAAGUAGCUCUCCCUUUUUUCCCCCAACCUGUUUUUUUAAUGUAAUGGGUUAGAAGUGAGACUUUAGAUCUGGGCUAGUGAAAGUUUGGGCUUUAAAUUGUACUCUUGUGGUAGCUGUUGAGAUAUGGACAAAUAUUCCUUUUGGGGAACCUGGUUUUAAAAAAAGUGCUGUUGCCUUCUGGUGGUAGAAAUUCAGUACUGUAACAGUGUUACAUGGACUUCAAGUUUUUGAAGAUGACAGGUCUUUGACAGCUACAAAUGUUGUAGAAAACUAUUUUUCUCCCUCCUUGCUUUAAUCUUAAACUUUUGAUUUAGUUUACAUGUGCCAUGUGUUUAAAUUCUGAAUUGGAUAUCACUUGCUGUGUUGCCUCGUGGGGGGGGGGGGGGGGGGGGGGGGGGGGUGGUGUUGGGGUGGGGGAGGGAAAACCUUGCAAUUUUCUACAGACAAUUCUCUAUAUAGUUAAACAUGUACUUUCAAAAAGAAUCAAGUGAUGAAAAUUUUCAAAGCAUUUAUCUUUGAUCUUUGUAAAUAGUAAAUUUGAGUGAAACAAGAUGGUUUAUGAAGCCAGACAUUGUAGCAUAGCAUUCCUCUGCCAUCAAAACACUACCAUGAUACUUUUUUCCUUCUGUUACACAUUGAAAUGUCUAUCAGCAUUAGGAAACAAAAUAAGGAUAUCUGAAAUUCUGACUAUAUUGUGUUUUCUAUUGGAGUGUAUUUGUUGAUCAGAAUAAGCUCUGUUACGAUGACUGCAGAUAAUUAACACCACAUGAAUGUUACGAGUAAAGGAAAUUGCUGGCCAAAUUGGUUAAUGAAACAACAGAUUUAUAUUUAAAGAAUUGAAUUGGCCUGGAAGCAUAUCUUUGUAGAAUUAUUUUGUUUAAUAGACACUAUUGAGGGUUUGGUUGACAAUUGUACAUAUGUUUCAGAACAUUAAGCUUGGACAAAUGUAUACCACAUAAGCUGUGUUUAGCUUGUGGAUUUGUGUGUUUUUUUUAAUAGGUUAAGUUUCAGAAAAUGCCAAUAAAAGUGCCAAUUUCCACUGCA